AUGUUGAAUGCAAAUUAUUUACAUCUAAAAGUUGUUGUAUUAGGAAACGAAUGUUCAGGAAAAACAUCAAUUUGCCAACGUUUUUGUGAUAACGAAUAUUUUGAUGUUACUUUACCUACUAUUGGUGCAAAUUAUAAUUUAAAAACGAUUACAUACAAAAAUAAUACAAUAGAUCUUAGCAUAUGGAAUUUUAGUAGCCAUAAAAAAUUUUUAAAAAUGACUGAAGUUUAUAGAAAAAAUGUGGACAUUGUUUUAGUAGUUUUCGAUACGAAUGAUAUUUACUCUUUUGAAAAUAUAUUAGAGUGGAUAGAUUUGGGGCAAGAAGAAAAUCCAAAUAAUAUUGCAAUCAUUGUUGUGUGCAAUAAAAUCGAUUUGGAUAACAGGCUAAUCACAGAGAAUAUGGCACAAAAAAUGUGUGACAAAAUUAAUGUUCCAUUGGUUUGUUGUUCUGCAAAAACAGGAAAGGGGGUGUAUGAUGUUUUUGAGUGUGCAGUUUCUCAAAUAUGUGAUAACCAUCAAAGAAUGGAAAUUUAUCAAAAGAAGUUAAUGAAAAAUGAAAGUGUAAUGAAAAAUAAGUUUGAAAACCAAUUUGAAAGCCAACAAAACCAUUUUUUAUGCAAGAUUGUUAUGGUUAAUCUAUAA